AUGAUUGCUCCGGAAGACGCCGAAGAGUCAAAGGGAAGAAUCCCUUUGUAUUUUCUCAGCGAGGCAGAAGGCAACUCCGCGCGAGAGACGCCUACAAUGGGCCCUACUUCUCCGCAGGAGUAUGCUUUGGAAAGCUUCAACGGUCGUAAAAGUCCUUCUUCCCUAGCAGCUUUUUGCGUGGAUUCGCAUUCAGACGCCCCCUCAGCGUCGAGUGGCCUCUGGUCACAGGAAAUCAUCCCUCCCACCAAUCCCAAGAGAUCAGGUUCCUUUCACGGCUCGUCUUCGGGAUCGACGCCUGACCUUUCUGCAGCCGAGUCUUCAAUGAAUUCGAAGGUAGCUGAAUCGUUCAACGAAGGUGCCAAUGUUGAGAUAGGAUCGCAUCAAGGUCCAAUCGUCAACCGGACAGAGCGAACAAAUAAAGAGAAACUGCCAAACUACAAUCGAUCGAUCAAAAGCGUAGCGGACUUUUCCAGUCAAGCGGAGGAUCCUCGGCCAACUUCUGCGACCGCUUGUUCUUCUAUACGACCAAAUAUCUCUAAGAUCCCCGCCGAGUCUGGCAAGAUUAUUGAUUUAUUGGACGAUGAGACAGACACAAAACCGGCUGCUGUCCCCUCUACUGAACCUUUGACCAAACGAUACAAACUUGACAACCCAAUACCGAAUAGAACCGCGUUAGAAUCCCACAAUGGACGGGUUGCUCACAUGCCUGACUGGAUGCAGCAGUUGUCGACCGCCUCGAAAGGCGUUCCAAGAAUACCUGGGCAUAGUUCGGAGAUGGGUCGGAAACCUCAAAACACCCGUCCUUCUUCGAAAGAGCCGCCUGCUGCUUCAAUCCUCCAGUCGAGAUACCAAUUCGAUGCUCCACGGUACAUUGAUUUGCAAGGCUUCAAGCCAACAUGGGUUGACAUCAUACCCACCGCGCCACUUAGGCUACAAUCGACCAGUGAUCGUCUUCAGCCCAAGCGGUAUCAACUUUCACUCUUGAAUGUGAAUCAUUUUACCAUUUAUGGGUUACCGACAUCUUUCGACGGCCCACCAACGUCGAUUUCAGGCUUGCGAAAAGAUAUCAAAAGUAUCGCUCGUGACCAUGGUGAUAAGGCCACUUACGAACGCGACAAAGAAUCUGAUGAAGGAGGCAAAUGGCGGAUUCCAUUGGCAGCGUAUCAAACCUUCGUGACGUUCUUGCUGUCAGCUCCAAAUACACGAGUAGAUGGUAUCCCAGACAUACAGUUAAAAAUCGCCUCGUUGGAGCGUGCACGGCAAGACAAAGGGUAUCCAACGAUUGACAAAUUGAUUGAAGACGGUGUGCCGCGAGGUUUAGCCAAAGCGCUGGCUCCAUUCCAAAGAGGCGGUGUCGACUUCGUACUGGAGAAAGAUGGGCGCGCCUUAAUUGCAGACGACAUGGGUCUUGGUAAAACAAUGCAAGGAAUUGCAAGUAUGUCCGUUUACCGACACGAGUGGCCGCUACUAGUCUUAUGUCCGAGUGGAGCGCGCUAUCAUUGGGAAAGCGAGUUUCACUAUUGGCUUGGCGUCGAUAGUGCUAUAAACAAGCGCAGUGAGGACGAUGCCGAAAAUGAAGAAGCUGGUGGAAUAGAUGAGGAUCUUCUUACCAGCUCGGAGAUCCAUGUCCUGACUUCCGGAAAAGAUGAAGUUAUCCCACACAAAUGGACGAAGGUUGUCAUUUGUUCCUAUGGACUGGCUCCUGUACUCGUUGAUACUGGAAAGCUUUUUCCUGGGCAGUUUCGUUGUGCCAUAGUGGACGAAUCGCAUAUGUUGAAAAACAAAAAUGCCAAACGAACUGCGCUUCUCAUGCCGGUAUUGAAUGCGACGGAUCGAUGUGUCCUACUUUCAGGCACACCUGCUUUGUCGCGUCCAUUGGAACUAUGGCCGCAGCUCUUCAUUCUCGGGACAGAACAGCACGGUUGGUGGAAUAGCGAAGCCGAGUUUAUUGAGAAGUAUGUGAAAAAGGGGGGACCUCGGCUAAAAGCCGAACUGCAUACUCUGUUAACAAGUACUGUCAUGAUUCGUCGUUUGAAAAUUGAUAUUUUGAAAAGCUUGCCGGUGAAGAUUCGAGAAAAGGCAGAAAUUCAUGUUUUACAUGAAGAGCAGAGGAAAGAGUUCAUGCAGCUCCUCCUUGACUUGCGCCAAGGAAAGGGCGCACUAGGGAUCAUUGCGAAACAACAACAUGAAGACCUGUAUACACCAACAGUUGAAGUAAUCGAUCCUGGUCUUGCUGCAAUAGCUCCGAUUUCAAUCCUUGAUAAAUCUGUUGAUCAAGUGGACGAUCAAGCUGACACACGUUCGGCUGCUGUCAGCGCAUUGAGAUUGGAAUUGCAAGCACAGUUUUUGGAGGGCCAGACUAGUAUCAGUAACUCACUCACGGUCAAUGCGCAUCAGCUGACUCCAGAAAUGUACGACAACUUGAAAGCAGAGUUGACUGGAAGGCUUCGACUGGAUUUGAAUCUUU